AAAUAAGUACCCAAUACUUAUUUGCUGAUUACUGUAAUUACUCAGAAAUUCAGUGGAUAAAAUAUCUUUUUUCAAACAAAAGCGUUCGAUUUUAAUAAAAUUUAUAUUUAAAAGUUGAUACACGCAAAGACUCUUGUUAAUGAAACACACGCGCAUGACAAUCACAGAAAAAUUCAAUGCGCAUAGUCAAAACAUUGCGCAUUUCGUAGGCCAACCUCAACGAGUCGAUAUACCGAGGGUUUGUGGCAAAGAAGAGAAAGCCUUUCACUGCAGCGUAGUGCUAUAUUUUGGUGCUUAGUGUGUGUGCUACCUGCUAAGUGACUUCGAGAGGAUUUUCACUAUAUAAACCGCCUACAAUAUAAUUACAAGAUGCCAUCCGCAGCGCCUCCAGCAGAAAAUGGCGCUCCGCGCAGCGAGCUCGAGCAGCUCCAAUUACGUGCCGGCCAGGUGACCGAUGAGUCCCUGGAAUCCACGCGGCGUAUGAUGCAACUAUGCGAGGAGAGCAAGGAGGCCGGCAUUCGUACUCUGGUCGCUCUAGAUGACCAGGGAGAACAAUUGGACAGGAUCGAAGAGGGGAUGGAUCAAAUCAACGCGGACAUGCGCGAAGCUGAGAAAAAUCUCUCCGGUAUGGAGAAAUGCUGCGGUAUCUGUGUACUGCCGUGCAACAAGGGAGCGUCGUUCAAGGAAGAUGACGGGACAUGGAAGGGCAACGAUGAUGGGAAGGUGGUGAACAACCAGCCGCAGCGGGUGAUGGACGAGCGCAACGGAAUCGGCCCGCAGGCUGGCUACAUUGGCAGAAUAACAAACGACGCCCGCGAGGACGAGAUGGAGGAGAAUAUGGGCCAAGUGAACACCAUGAUCGGCAACUUACGUAACAUGGCCAUCGACAUGGGCUCUGAGCUUGAGAACCAAAACCGCCAGAUCGACCGCAUCAACCGCAAGGGUGAGAGUAACGAGACCCGCAUAGAAGUUGCAAACCAGCGAGCAAAUAAACUGCUCAAAUCUUAAAGGGCUCGUCGCUACAGCAAUGCGAAGGGAUAAAGAGAGCGGUUGCCUGAUUAUAAGAUUGAUUUGCAUUUUUUAAGUUGAUCGCAUACUGCCGUAAGAGCCUCACACAACGCAUAAUUAGUGAGAAGACUCAGACUUGUAUCACUUGCGACAGUCUGUGAUCAACUUUAAAAAGAACGAGAUUUACAAAAAGGUGUUGCCUGACCUAAAAACUCAUUUAUAUUUUUAUCUACGUUCAUAUAUCUUGCGUUGCCUAUUGUAAAAAUAAUAAGAUCUUUCAUUGUAAAAAUGUCUCCUUGUUAAGUAAUUUUAAUAGGUCUAACUAAAUCUAUUUCUUCUUGUUAAAUUAUUAAGAACUAUUGAUUCCAUAUCAUUUUAAUAAUUAUAUUAUAAGUGUUAAAUACUCAUAUGAGAUUAUUUUUAUGUUCAUUAAAACAAAGGUCACGAUGAUCUUGGCAAGGUCUUGCGGCAACGCCAUUUUGUGCAAUACUAACACUCGUAUUUGCCAACAUUAUUAUAAAAUCUCACAGUGACACACAUACGGAUAGGUUCUACUAAUCAGUAAAAUUAAUCAAAUUUUAUUGUUGGAACCUAUUUUCGUUCAAAUGCUUAAAGGAUAACUUAGUAAUGUUUAUAAACACGAAUGUUUUUCUUGUGGCUAAGUAUAUAAGUAGAGUUACGAAAACUUUCAGUCUAGCUGUAAACAAUUUGAAUGCAAUAAUAGCAAUUUACUGCUAACGAAGUGAUAUCAGGCAUAUUUUCUUUUAUAACAAUGCGUGUUUAAGGAUUUCUUCCUUAUACUUAUAUAAGCACGAUUUAUUGGGCAUUAUUAAAAUAAAAUUUUGUGUGAAGACGCAAAGAGAAGUCUUUUUUUUUUAAACUCUAUUCUAGAAAAGUUAAAUGAGAUUCUAUGGAAAGUGGAUAUUUUAAAAGGAUCAAGGGAUAUAUAAAUCGGGUUGUUUUGUAUGUUAACAAAUAGAAAAAAUCACGGAAGUAAACUUUAACUGUGACAUGAAACGUAUUCACCUUCCGAUGAGUUAGUGUGCUUAACUAUCUAUCCAUCCAUGGAAGUCAGGAAUGACACGUUUAGAAACUUGCAGCGCUAAGACGCGACGUUCGGAAACAUCUCAUGUAACAAGAUUCAGUAACUUCUUAAAAUUAAAAAGCUUACAUUGUACCUUCUUAUAUUCGAAAUCUUUCCAAUAUCAUAUUCAACCGAAUAUGAUAUUGGAAAGAUUUUUAAUACUUUUUUUUUAUUUGGGUGAUGUGCCAAACUUUAUUUAUUUAACAAAAUGAUUAAACUUUAAAAAAAAUAAAAUUACUCUCAUUUUAAUAGUAAUCGUAAGAGUUUAAUAAGCUUUGAAAAUAAUUUGCUCCGAACAAUAGAAUGAAGUACCAAUUUAGCUCAAAUAUAGAAACACAGAUAUUUUCGAUAGAACAUUAAUAUGAUAUAAAACCGUAAUUCGCUGAUAUUUCUCGAACUGCAUUUAAUAAAAAAAAUAUCUAUAAGUAGUAAGUAUAGAAAAUUUUAAUAUCUAAAAAGAUAGUGAGAUCAAUAAUAUGACUAUAGUACUGUUUUGAAAAAAAAUUUAACAUUAAUGUUUAAAUAUUACAUAUUUGUAAUUAUAUAAUUUCCAAAAAAAAUAAAGUUAUUUUCAAUCUUAAUAACUUUAACGUCUAAUGUGAUUUUAUUUCGGUAUAUUAGCUCUUAAUAAUUACGAUAUCAAUUACAGUUAUUAAUAACGUUGUAAUGUGAUUACAGUAAUAUGCAAUAGUAUAUUUAAUAGUUGAGCAGUUAAAUAUUUAUUACUUAAAGUAUAUAUUGUUGUAAGUAUACAUGAGCGCUGUUCACACGGAUUUUCUCGAUCGCUGCGUUUAGGUAUUUUUCUGGGAUUGUAAAAAAAAUUGAUUAACAAUUCUCAAAUACUGAAAGCGCUUUCAAAGUAAAGGUUAAAUUACAUUUGAUUUGACCUAUCAUCAAUCUUAAACCCGCAGGCCAACAAAUAAAAGUUCUUUAAGUAAAAAAAAAAACUGACUGACCAAACCUCGAGUACAAAAGAUCCUGGUCAAAGUGUAUCCGCCGAAGCGGGCCACACUACCAACCAAACCUAAGCUAAAUUUACGUGCGAGAUCCACAGAAAGAUACGAUCCCUUGCUCUUUUACGAAAAAAAAA